UCCGGCUUCAGGGUGGAGGUGGGGGGGCAAGGAAAGAGCCGGAAGGAAAAGGAGAAAAGAGCAACAAUAUCAUUGAGUGCUGUGUGUGUGAGAGAGGGGUAGGAUAGAAACCCUCCUCCUGCCUCACCAUGCGGCUGUCCUGAGCUGUUUUUCCAGCAUCAGACUCCCUCCUUGUCAAGUGAGAAGCAGAUGAGCUAUGGAAGGUUCAAAGUCUUCAAGCUCCACCAUGCAAGUGAGCUUUGUUUGCCAGCGUUGUAGUCAACCCCUAAAGCUGGAUACAUCCUUCAAUGUUUUAGAUAGAGUGACAAUUCAGGAACUCACAGCCCCUUUAGUUACAGUUACUCCUGUAAAACCAGAAGAAGAUAGGGUGGAAAAUGGUAGCUCUGCAGAGGAAGCUUGCAGAGAAGGUAAACCAGAUAGUGUUUCCAGAAAAUAUAUACCUCCUGCUCGGAUGUUGUCCACAGAAAGUGCUAAUAGUUUUACUCUCAUUGGAGAAGCUUCUGAUGGUGGCACAAUGGAAAACCUAAGCCGAAGACUCAAAGUGACCAGUGAUCUGUUUGACAUCAUGUCUGGACAGACAGAUGUGGACCACCCUCUCUGUGAGGAAUGUACUGAUACACUGCUUGAUCAGUUGGACCAGCAACUGAAUGUCACAGAAAAUGAAUGUCAGAAUUACAAGAACUGUUUAGAGAUACUUGAACAAAUGAAUGAGGAAGAUGAAGAGCAACUGCUGCAAGAGCUGAAAGCACUGAACUCCCAAGAGAACUUUUUAAUUCAGGAACUUGAAAAUGUAGAAAUGAAACGGAAGAAGGUAGCAGAUGAUUUGGCUGAGGUUAGGGCAGAGACAGAGAGACUCCAUCAAGAAGAAGCCCAGUACCAGCGGGAAUACUCUGAAUUCAAAAGACAGCAAUUGGAGCUUGACGAUGAUUUAACAAGUGUUGGCAAUCAGAUGCGAUAUGCUCAGAUUCAGCUUGAUAAACUCAAGAAAACCAAUGUUUUCAAUGCUACGUUUCACAUAUGGCACAGUGGACAGUUUGGCACCAUCAAUAACUUCAGACUAGGACGUCUACCGAGUGUUCCUGUGGAAUGGAAUGAGAUUAAUGCAGCUUGGGGGCAGACUGUGCUGUUACUGCACUCACUGGCUAACAAGAUGGAACUCCGAUUUCAAAGGUAUCGUCUUGUCCCUUAUGGGAAUCAUUCAUACUUGGAAUCACUUACAGACAGAGCAAAGGAGCUGCCAUUGUACUGUUCUGGAGGAUUACGAUUCUUCUGGGACAACAAGUUUGAUCAUGCUAUGGUGGCUUUUCUGGAUUGCGUUCAACAGUUUAAAGAGGAGGUAGAAAGAGGUGACACUGGCUUCUGCUUACCAUACAGAAUGGAUGUGGAGAAGGGAAAGAUUGAAGACACGGGAGGAAGUGGAGGAUCGUAUUCUAUAAAAACACAGUUCAACUCUGAGGAACAGUGGACAAAGGCACUCAAAUUUAUGCUCACCAAUUUGAAAUGGGGGCUGGCAUGGGUGUCUUCUCAAUUCUAUAAUAGUUCAUUCAUGCCGUGACCUCUGAAUCACAUUUGAGUAUGUUGAGGUGAGACUUCAUAAAUACGUACAUUUUGGCAUCAAGACGCUUUUAUUUCAUUGCACUGCUUUGAGUGCUCACCACUUAACCUGCAGCUGGGCUGGAGUAUGUUGCAUAGUUUGGUUGGUGUGGUUACAAGACAUUAAGAAAUUCAAAACUAUGAACCACAAACAAGAUGCAAGCAGUUUUUCAUCAGAACCAUGGGUUGACAAUGCUUUUAUCACACCAAAACACACUAUUUUAAUAAUAUAUGUGUGUGUAUAUAUUAUAUAAAGAAGUUUUAUUUAUAACAACUAAUUUUGGCAUGUUGUGCUACUGUUU